GGAGAGAAAACCCUGUACCAUGGUUGUCUAUCAUUAUAUAUGACCAUGUUUUGUCUCAUCCAACUUAUUUGUUAAUAAUACCAGCAUCCUGUUCAAGUGAAAAAUCACGUUCCAUAUACAUAUUUUCGACUGAGUUACAGUGAACUGCGAUUAAUGUUGCCAGAGCGAAUUCAUUUGCAGCAAAUGAUCGUUGGCUAUCUUUGUUUUAAAAAUAUCGCAUAGGAAUUCAUUUUGUGCCUUACUAUUUCGAAACGGUUAGGCUAUGUUAUGGCGCGUAUCUGUUUCACUUGUAAACGUAUCAUUAAAAAACGAACCGUAUUAGUAACUUUUUUCUUGUUAAUGUCAUGCAUUGUAUGCGUAAUUUUUGCAUUUUCAUUGAGAAUUAUUUAUGUGCAAUUUAUCCAACAAUACGUGAAAAUUUCGAGUCAAUUUACAGUAACAACUUUACCUCCCUGUAAAGUUGACGCUUUAUUUCAGGAUCACUUUACUGACUGGGACCUUCUGUUGGACGCAGAAUCCCUAACCGGUUCCCAAGUCAUGCAAUACUUUACGUGGACGAACCAUUCUUCUUGCCUAUUAACGCAUGAUUUUGGAGGUGAAAUCAGAAAAAAUCCUACAGGAAUAGCUGGACAAAAAGCAGUGUGCAUCGAUCCCAAGGUGGCACCACAACCAAAUCAGUGUUUGGUAUACUCUUUCGGCAUUGACAAUGAAUGGUCUUUCGACGAAUAUAUGGAACGAUAUGGCUGUGAAGUUUUUGCUUUCGAUCCAUCGAUGAAUGUGGAAAGUCAUGACCACAGCCCUGGUAUUCAUUUCUAUAAUUGGGGACUGAGUAAUCAAGAUGAGCAUAAUGUCUUCGAAAAUUGGACGAUGCGUUCCCUAUCUUCAAUUUAUAAAAGCCUUGUCAAUCAUCAUGGUCAUAACAUUAUAGAUUACUUGAAGAUAGAUAUUGAAUUUUACGAGUGGAUAGCCCUUCCGCAGAUCCUACAAUCUGGAAUGUUGUCCAAAGUUCGACAAAUGGGAAUCGAAAUUCAUCUGGAUCACAGGGACAAUAUAGAAAAAUAUCGCGAAUGGGCAAAAAUUUUGAGAUCAGUCGAAAAAGCGGGAAUGAUUCGUUUUGACUCAAAACACAACCCGUGGUCGGUUGGUAAUUUCACCGAGAUCAAAUUGUGGGGAUCGUUCGGUCACGAGAUAGCAUGGUAUAAUGGUAAACUUUCGCCGUCUCCCUUCUAGUGCCAUUGGAAGUUUCCAUUUCGUUACGUCACUCUGUCGUUGUGGAUAUUCCGUCAUGUGGAUCUGCGCUGUUGUCAAAAUACUAAUAAACAAUCAUUUUAAUCAA